CGGAGGCACCAAACGCGGUGGGCAAGAGGGACCCACGAGGCUCAGCGAUGGAGAAGUGAGACUAAGAAUAAGCGAGAGGAGGAGGAGGGGGGGGGAACCAAAGGCUGAAAGAGGAGCAAAGGAGCCAAGUGAGUGACAGCAGAGAGGGAAGUAGAGCAAGGGAAAGGGAGGGCAGAGCGAGAGAGGGGAGCCGCCAGGGAGUGCUACAAAAGGGGGAGCAGCAGCAAAAGGAGACGGCAGCAGCAAGGGCUAGAAAAGGGGAGCAGGAGCGCGCGGGGAGGGGGCGGCCGGUCCAGAGAGGCGAAGGAAAGCCAGGAGCGACCCAGGCUGAGAAGGAGCCGCGAGGGCCACCACGAGGGAGCGGCAGGGAGGAAGCCUCCCAACGGAGCCCGAGAGGACAGGGAGCGCGGCCAGCGGCGGAAAGGAGCCCGGCUCAGCAAGUGAGUGGCUGGCUGGCUGGGGGCGGCGAGGGAAGGCGAAGGCAGGCCAGUCAGUGGUCGCCGCUGGCGCCAGGGCUCCGGAGCUGCGCAGCGGUGGAGGGCGAGGGAGGGCAGCCAAGUGAGAGGAGGCGCUGCUGGGCGCCGCUCCCGGGGAUGCUCAGCCGGGGCGGGGAUGCAGCCGGCGCGCUGGGACUGGGACUGGCGCUGGCCAGAGGCAUCGGACGGCAGCUCCUCGCCUGCCUCGCCUUAGCCCGCUGAUCGCCGCCGCCGCCGCCGCCUCUUGGCCGUCGGGGGGCCAUGGUGACCCGCAGGAAGCGUUGCCCCCCGCUGCCGCCGCCGCCGCUGCCGCCGCCGCCGCCGCCCGAGUGAAGGCGCUGCUGCCUUCUCGCCCCCGCCGCCAGCCAGGAGGCAUGGAGUUGGCCAACAGCACGACGGCGGCCCCCGGCAACAGCAGCCAGCCGGCGCCGGUCAGCCUGGGCUACCAGCUGUGCACGUCGGUGGUGCUGGCCGCGCUGAUCCUCUUCGCCGUGCUGGGCAACGUGUGCGUGAUCGCGGCCAUCGCCCUGGAGCGCUCCCUGCAGACGGUGGCCAACUACCUGAUCGGCUCGCUGGCCGUCACCGACCUGAUGGUGUCUGUGCUGGUGCUGCCCAUGGCCGCCCUGUACCAGGUGCUGGGCAAGUGGACGCUGGGCCAGGUGACCUGCGACAUCUUCAUCUCCCUCGACGUGCUGUGCUGCACCUCGUCUAUCCUGCACCUGUGCGCCAUCGCCCUGGACCGCUACUGGGCCAUCACUGACCCCAUCGACUACGUCAACAAGCGGACUCCCCGGCGGGCCGCCGCCCUCAUCAGCAUCACCUGGCUGAUCGGCUUCCUGGUCUCCAUCCCGCCCAUGCUGGGCUGGCGGACCCCCGAGGACAGGUCCGACCCCAACGCCUGCACCAUCAGCAAGGACCCCGGCUACACCAUCUACUCCACCUUCGGCGCCUUCUACAUCCCGCUGCUGCUCAUGCUGGUCCUCUACGGGCGCAUCUUCAAGGCGGCCCGAUUCCGCAUCCGCAAGACGGUCAAGAAGGCCGACAAGAAGCAGCCGGCGGCGCAGAGGGAGGCCGACACCUGCCUCUCGGUCUCGCCGGCCAGCGAGCCCAAGAGGAGCAACGGGGGCCUCCAGCAGCCGCAGGCCAAGAGCUGGAAGAGCGCCGUGGAGCCUCAGGCUGGGGGUCGAGCCUGCGCCAACGGGGCCCUCCGCCCGGCCCAAGACGGCCCGGUGGCGCCCUCCGCCUUGCAGCUCCUCGAGGUGAGCCCGUCCAACUCCACCAAGGGCCACCUGCCCCUGCCCAACCACCACGCCGCCGCCGCCGCCGCCACGCCGGGCACCGAGAGAAAGCAGGAGCCCAAGACCGCCGAGGCCAAGCGGAAAAUGGCCUUGGCGAGGGAGAGGAAGACGGUCAAGACGCUGGGCAUCAUCAUGGGCACCUUCAUCCUCUGCUGGCUGCCCUUCUUCAUCGUGGCGCUGGUCUUGCCCCUCUGCGCCGGCUGCCAUAUGCCCGAGUGGUUGGGCGCCGUCAUCAACUGGCUGGGCUACUCCAACUCUCUGCUCAACCCGGUCAUCUAUGCCUACUUCAACAAAGAUUUCCAAAGUGCUUUUAAGAAGAUCAUCAAGUGCAAAUUUUGCAGGCAGUGACGGGGCAAGACCCGC